UGUAAUAAGGCGGAAUGAGUUUUAUCAGCCAUGUCGAAUUCACACGGAUAUUUCGUGUUUUAUAUAGCCUCUUAACUUUGGCAUCAAAAAACGCUACACGCGUCCACAACAUACAGGAAAGCUGGCACCUUUUGUUUUUCUUUCAUUCCCAAUCCUGGUAUUUUUUUUUUCAAUUUUAUUUAAGUUUAUCUAGUGCCAAUGAACCUGAUAGCUUCAUAAUCUCAUGUUGUCUGAAACAAUAUCCCACCACACUGCAUGUAAUUGUAUGCGCGAGUCCAACCAACCUGCAUUGCGUACACGCCGCUUCAGUCUCCGCAACACGCGGGCACAGCGCGCACACUCCCGACGCGGGCGCGCGCCUUUUGAAUUUCGAAUGCGUUUAUUCAAAUUACAAAACUUGCGUUGUUUUUUUUUUAUUUUUAACUUUUAGUUUUUUAUUCUAAGUUUCUAAAUUCAAAUUUAAAUUGGACAUUGACCGAAAGUGAAUCUGUGUUUGUUUGUUGUUUAAGAAAAACAAAGGAAAAUAGGCUUAAUUGAAUAAUCAACCUAUUCUAUCGGCGGAAUGCGUAGAAAUCGUUUCGCACGAGCGAUUCUGCACAAGACCAUCAUGGAGUGACCAGACAGAGGCAUCCAAAAAUCAGUCAAGGUAACAAUAGUAGGAGAUAAAGCCACGAAUCGUGCCAAACUGUGUGUGUUACCAACAAAAUGAGUUCCCGCGAUUACUACAAAGUGACGUACAGCAGCAAAAACUCUGAUGGCUCCAAUAUGCACCUCGAUAACGUGCUCGAUAACGACAUGGAGUUCAAUGCCAAUCAGUUCAAACUGUACGAUGACUUCACCACGGACCUCCGGAUGAGCUUCAAUCCUAUAAGGAACAACUUCCAGGACUUAACAAGGAAAGAGGUCAGGCGAAGAACCGGGGAUCCCAACGACUCUGGUGUCGAUAUGGAAAACGGGAAUCCGCUCGAUGAUGUUACAACAUCUAACGAUAGCGAUUUGUUGGAGAACGAAGUAAUGGUAGAUCCUUGGAGCAGCAUGGACUCCUCGAAUUCACCAUUAACUGACUCCGGACCAUCCGCCAGUGAAGACUGCACUCCGUCAACUUCUAGUGAACCACCACGCGGGCCUCUAGAUGCGCAGUCUCCUGUGUCACCUCUUGCGCGCCGCUUACCUAACCCAAAAGAUGCCAAAACUCUCCCUAUUAAAACUUUUCCCACUAAAACUAAGGACAAAGCGCGCUCUCGUGAUCUGACUUUAGAAUUAGAGACUCUGGAACCCGACCCUCUCCCACGCCGGCCUCACUUUCUUGACGAAGAUUAUCAACCACCGUCCAAAUCAAACAUCGAAUGUCGCAUUCCUAAACCUCAUUUCUUAGAUCAUUCACCGUCACCGGACGAGUUCGACGAACGAAGCGAUAUAACCAAUCCAAACUUCCUUGACGAUGAAGUCGAUAGUGACGAUAUUAUAGCACAAAAGAAAUCUGGAGCGCUCCCUAAAAGACCACAAAAACCUCAAUCCUCAACAUAUUCAUCUCAAGAAGAUCGACCACAUAGGACUAGUUAUGGAACUGCUUUGCAUUAUGGAUUGGAAAGCGCGGCCAGGUCAAGUGAACGAGAUAAACGGGCUUCCCAGCUAUAUAGAGGGACCUGGCCAGGAGAGCGCGAUGUCUGGACAGGUCAUGACUCUUCAAGCGUACGAAGCUUUUCCAGUAACGGAUCAGGUGAUUGUCCAAGACAAUCAUCUAAUUUGGACAACAAAAUGGAUUGCGUGUUUUCCUUAAUUUCUCUCUUAAGUUUGUCGCCGGAAAACAACGCAGACCUUAGUGCACCUCUCUUGGAUAUGAGUAGAUCAGUUGAGAGUUGCAUCGCUAUGAGACAAGCGGGAUGUAUACCCUUAUUAGUACAACUUAUCCACUCGAAAGUGCCUAGAGAUAUAAGAGACCGUGCUGCAAAAGCAUUACGUAAUAUAAUUCAUACGCAAACUGACGACAAAGCGGGAAGACGCGAAGCCAGAGUGUGGAGAUUAUUAGAACAAGUUAGAGAAUAUUGUUACGUUUUAGAAGAUGUUGUUGAAGCUAGGAGAGAAGGGAAAGAAGUAAUUGAAGAAGAUGCGACAAAACAUCCUAGUCAAAGCGUAGCAGCUUUGAUGAAGCUAUCAUUUGACGAGGAGCAUAGACAUGUAGUUUGCCAGUUAGGUGGCUUACAAGCGCUAGCCGCUUUAGUAAGCGGGGACCAAGCGGCACAUGGUAGCAGAACUGAUGAUAAUACAUGUUUGACCAUGAGAAAAUACGCCGGAAUGACUUUAACCAACUUGACGUUCGGUGACGGCAACAACAAAUCGUUGCUUUGUUCGUUUAAAGACUUCAUGUUAGCCUUAGUUGAACAACUGGAAUCUCCCAAUGAUGACAUGCGUCAGGUUACCGCGGCUGUACUUAGAAAUUUAUCAUGGAGAGCAGAUACCAACAGUAAGCAAGUACUCAGAGAAGUCGGAGCUGUGAAAGGAUUGACUAAAGCUGCGAUGACCUGUCAGAAAGAAGCUACCCUUAAAUCUGUCUUAUCAGCUCUAUGGAAUUUAACCGCUCAUUGUACCAUGAACAAAGUGGCCUUGUGUUCGGUAGACGGAGCUUUGGGUUUCCUCGUUGAUAUGCUUAGUUAUAAUUCACCCACAAAAACGUUGGCGAUUGUUGAAAAUGCUGGCGGCAUCAUGAGAAACGUGUCGAGUCAGAUUGCCGUUCGAGAAGAAUACAGACAAAUUCUCCGGGAGAGAAAUUGUUUAAGUGUCUUACUGCAGCACCUUAAAUCGCCCAGUCUGACAGUUGUCAGCAACUCUUGUGGCACUCUAUGGAAUCUUUCCGCGAGGUGCCCACAAGACCAAGAAUUUCUCUGGGACCAUGGAGCGGUACCAAUGCUCAGAAGUCUUAUUCAUUCUAAACAUAAAAUGAUUGCGAUGGGUUCCAGUGCCGCUCUUAAAAAUCUACUCAAUUCUAAACCAGGAAGAACGCACAUAAUCUCUCUAGAUACUACAGCUAAGACUAUGAAUUUACCUGCUCUACCAACUUUAGGGGCACGUAAACAGAAAGCUCUAGAACAAGAAUUAGAUCAAAAUUUAGCUGAAACCUGUGAUAAUAUUGAACCGGCUACUUCACCAUCCACGAGUAAUAGGGAAGAAAAGAAUUUGUUUACGGCUACGGAGAGGCAGAUCGCCAUGAACCUUGAGAGACAUAGAAUGACUUCUAGUUCACCACUAAUGGGAACGCUAACAUCACAAAUAUCGUUAAGUCACAGCGCGCAUUUGGCGAGUUAUUUGAGCUGCAGUAACACUUUAUUGAAGGGCGCCAUGGUGGCACGAUCAUCUACAAGUGGCAGUUCCGGCAACGUAAACAGAUCGGACAGUAAAGAUUCCGUUACGAGUACACAUUCCGAUUCAGUUUUUGAAAGGGUCAUGCGCACUGGUAAAGUUCCCGUGCCGACGCCUAGAAGUAAAGAUUUGAUGAAGGCAGAAACAGGUGGCGAAGCGUUCAAAGUAUCCUCAAAACCGCUCAGUAAAGACGGCUUCAUGAGAUUCCCCGCUCAAGCGCCUAUCCCACCCCCAAGAAGUACGACUGACGUAAAAACAAAUUUUACAGAAUCUGGUUAUGACGUCGAUCAAGAUUCUUGCGACCAACCAAUAGAUUAUAGUCAAAAAUAUUCGGAAACGAAAGCAAGCGAUGGGGAAUCUCUAGAAAAGAAUAAAACGUCUGAAACGACGAAAAAGUAUACGAAGAAAGAUAGUCCGAACACUUUCGGUGACUACCAAGAGACUGAUCUUGACCAACCGACAGAUUAUUCUUUACGUUACGCCGAACAUCAGUCCGAGACCGGUUCUGAUUCGGAACCGCCUGGAGCUUCGGAUACUAUUAAACACUUCGCCACCGAAGGGACUCCUUACGAGACGCCUAUAAUAUUCUCUACGGCGACUUCAAUGUCGGAUCUUCGAGUGAUCGGGAAAGACUUGAAGCAGAAGACUCCUAGUGUGAAGGAAAAUCCAGAGGUUAUGAUUAAUUCGGAUGAGAAAGAUACGUGCUCUAUAGAAGACCCGCCGCGUCACGACAACGAUUUGGCUGCGACGACGCCCCAAGAAUCUGAAUUGCCGGAGCCGGAACCAAAGCGUGAAAUCUUUGAUACUAAAUUUAGUUCCGGUAUGAUUAGUCCGGAGAAGCCGGUGAACUAUUGCGACGAAGGAACGCCAGGGUAUUUCUCUCGGGUGAGCUCUCUCAGCAGCGUGGGAGAACCGACGGAAGAAGACAGCUUGGCCAAGAAGAACGCCAUGGCCACCAUCAACGUCGAACCCAGUCCCCAGGAAAUUAACAUCAGCAGUUCUGUGAAGGACAAAGAAGGUUCCAAAGCGGUGACGUUCGCCCGCGAGCCCGUGUCAGUGGUAGCGACCCCGGGCACCAGUUCCCCACGAUUCGUGCCAGAUACACCGCUGAUGUUCUCGCGGUCGAGCUCUUUAGGAUCACUGCCCGACUGCUCGCACGAUGACCAGGGGGACCAGGGUUCAGUGCUGUCAGAGUUCAGCCGGCUCCCGUCCGGCAUCCUGUCGCCGAGCGAGAUUCCGGACUCGCCGGGCAUGAGCAUGCCGCACUCGCCGCGCCCCGAGCCGGAGCCCGCGCCGCCUACGCCGCCCCCAGAGCCUGGUCAACAGUCGGUUUUCGAGGAGAGAGUGUCCCGGUUUGUGGUGGAAAACACUCCAGCGCAGUUCUCCGCUGCCACCAGCCUCAGCAGCCUUACUAUAGACGACGACACAAAGGCAUCUGCACGACUUAUCAAGGAUCUACCCCAAGAUUUACCCACUGCAGCUCCCACGGACGACCAAUACCAAUUGCUUUCGGAACAAGAUGAAAUGGGAGAACUUGUCUCCCGUUUGCCGCCUUCUAGUUCUACACCCAAUGCUGCUUACAAAGGUACACAAACACCCAGCGACGUCUGCAAAGUGUACUUCACAGAAGACACACCCGCGAUACUAUCGAAAGCGGGAAGCAAUUCCAAUCUCUCAGCAUUGUCCAUCGAUUCGGCACCUCCCAGUCGUCGUCCCGAAGCUAUAGGUUCCAAUGAACCGGUCACCAAUCCCCAAGACACUUCUGAUUCAUCAAACUUGAGUGAUGCCAACGAUGUGCUAGAAGAGUGCAUUCAGAAAGGGAUAGCUAAAGUGAGCUCUAGAAGACGACGAUCCCAUACUCAACAAAUUCCUGAUUCUUCGGAUAGUUCGAAUCUUAGCGACGCCGGAGAUUUGCUUGAAGAGUGCAUACAGAAGGGUAUUGAUAAGGUGGUGAAGAACAAAGCACCGUUGACCGAGACCGCCCCGCCAGGACCCUUCGCAGUCAGAAGCGAUGUUUAUCGAUCGCUUCCGGCGCAUCUGCGGUCGUCCACUGAAACUGUGAAAAUGUCUCACGAUUUCGCGAGGAAUGUGCGUGAUAGUCGUAGUUGCAGUUCUGAACGGGCCCCGCCACUUCCACCCAAAUCGUCGGGUAUACCGCCGCCGCCUCGACCGCCGCCUGCCACGCAUCGAAGCCGUGACCCGCGCCCCUCGAAUCAACGCGAGGGCGAUUCCACCAGUUCUCUGAGCCUCGAUUCAUUCGGCUCGACGGACCGGGAGAUAUUCGAGGAAACAGUGAAGGCGGGCAUACCGCAUAGAGCCAGCUCUCCCGGUUCACUUAGCAACGAGUCGUUUGGAUCUACCGAUAAAGAGGUCUUCGAGCGAUGCGUUAGAGCUGGUAUCUCGAAAGCCCGUCGUCCCCGCAGCGCCGACCGUCGCAGUCGGCCGCGGCCCGAGCGGCGCUCCUCGGCCGCCCCCGGGGCCCCGACGCCGCAGGGCCCUCAGGGCCCCCAGCCCGGAGGCGUGGGCCCCGCGCCCCCCGCAGGGCCAAAAAACGCGCCCCCGCCGUCUGCGCCCCGCGCGCCCGCAGGCGACGGAGGCCCCGCGCGCGACUGCACUGGCUCUGACCACGCACUACAGAUCGGUCCCCUGGAACAUCACAUCGCGAUAGACAGCUUAGAGAGAAGACUGGAAGCGCUGGACUUCAAGGAAGAGGACGAUAGAAAUCACCUCGACCAAGAACUGGACGACGAAGACCUCGGCAGCUUGAACCGUUCCAAAGACCUCGUAGACUUGGACCGCUCGAACGAAUCGUACGCCGACGUUUCCGAUGGCGAUGAAUCCGACGAAGAAAUACGGGCCCCAUCAUCCACUUCCACCUUGAGGGACCCCGCCAAAUCUGAUGGAGAAAUCGCCGAUUCACACAUGUCCAACGAAGCCUACGCAGAUAUUAUCGACGGCAGCAACGUUUCUAUCCGAAGAUCUUCCACACCUACUCAGAUCAAACCAACAAUCGAUAAACCCAACGAAAAUGAUACAAGACCAGAUAUCAACCAGGCGAAUGAUUACGUCAGCGAUGACGAAACAACGGUUUCGCCUUUGAGAGACGUCCGAACUGACUUAGAAUGGGUGGAUAUAAAGGCUGACACUUGGGAAGACCACACGUGCCCCGAUGACGUCACUUUCCCCACCAUCAGUUCCGCUCAUUUGGAGUCUUCCACGAGUGAAAUCCGCGAUAUUCCCGAACUUCCGGAUCUGCUCGAGAAACGCACCACCAACAUUUCUCUAUCCCGACCCGAUUUGACGGAGAAACUUGAGGAAACAAGGGCUUUGGAAGAGAGCGAAACUCGCCUCGAUUCCAUCAUGGCUGCGGCAAUAGAGAAAGAAGCAGCUAGAUUGGCAGCUCAAUUAAAAAACUCGCAAUUCGGAAUGGACGCAAGCGUUACAUCUCUCACCAGCUUGGAUUUAGACAAUAUCCGACCACCUUCAGAAUUGGGGAGUCUUUUAUCAUUGAGCGCUUCCGGCCAUUGGGAUGACACUUCCGCGCAAGCGUCGAAGAAAUCGCAGCGAAGUCGAAAGAAAUCUCUCCCUGUCGCUCUAAUGGUGAAACGGGCGUUAAGCAACUCCAUGCAUCAAGGCAGCUCGGAACAUUUAGAUAGUAAUCCUGUCAGUUUCCUCGACAACGUGAAGCCUCCUUCGGAAUUGGAAGCGAUGGAUAUGGAAGGAAGCAUGGUCUCUGUCGCGAGCAUAAUGUCAGAAGUGGCCGAGACUAAAGAUCGGCUCCCCGUUGUGUUCGAUUUGAAGCAGCCAAUUCAAGACUUCCCGUUGUGUAGCGCCUUCACUGUCUUCCACGACUUAGAUAAAGUUAAUCCUCCAUCGCUGUUCGAUGAAAUGGCAGAGUCUACUUUAGAAAUAGACCAAACGACCGCCCAUCAAGUGUUGGACGACUGCGUAUCGAAUACUUUGAACGUAAUAACAGACAUCCCUUCCGGGUCCGAAACGUGCACUCCUUUACCGUCGGACAUAAGCAGCGUAGAAUCUACGCCGAAGCGACAUAGAGAUUCAAACUAUUUGACUCCGAAAGAAAAGAGACACGUGUCCAAAGACAGGUACCAAACGUACACGAUCACGGACAAUUUGAUAGACAACAACAUCGUCGUAGAAGUGGAGGACGAGGAAUUCCUGACGUGGACCAAGUCGGAGAGUGACAAGUCCGAAGAGUACGUCACCGCGACUUCCGAGUCAAAGUCGAGGCGGAAAAUGAGCGCGAAACAGAGACGGUUAGAGGACAGAGCUAGGUACCAAACGCAGACCGUCAAUAUACAUAAUAUCGCGACUCAGGAGUGUUCCCAGUCCAAGAUAGUGGACCCUCACAUAGAGAGCUUGAAGCAACGGCUAGCCGCCAAGAAGACGAUGAAACAGAAGCGGAUAGAAGACGCUGAAAGGUUCAGGACGCGAACCUUAAGCGAAGAUAUACCGCCAUCUCCUACGUUCGUCACUAAAGACGCGAAUUUCGAGAACGUCGAGACUACAACAGGAUACGACAGCUUAUCCUCUAACGAGUUGAAUCAUCAGCAGUUACUGGACGAUAAACAACGAGACGACGACGUGUUCAGGGAGACAGAUAGCGGUCACAACGAGGACGACUUCGAACUGAACUCAACCCAAAUGCAAACCUACACUAAAAGCUUCAGGAAUUAUCUGCCAGUUAUAGAAAGCCCCGCGGCCGUCGACAUGUGCGUAGUGAACAAUCUGAAAAACAUAGAAAUGACUGCGUCCUUCAAACGAACCAUGCAGGAGCAGAGCAAAAGCCAGCACCCCAGCAGUAGCGACUUCGCAAGCUACGAAGGUGACAGCAAUUCGGAAGACAGGGGGCAAUCUGAAUCCGACCAAGAGUCUUCCACGUCUCGACCCAAACCAAAGAUAAUAAAACCUACCGCGCGUCGAGACGAGAGCGUGGACAGCAACGAUUCAUUAGACAAAGAGCAAGAAUCUCCGAAAGCAAUAAGAGGUCGGAAGAAGGCAUUGUACGUGUCGCCUUAUAGACGCACUUCUGCAGCCGCGCCAAAGAAACCAGCGGCAGCGGCAACGGCAACUGCAAAAGCGACACCGAAAGGCAUACAGCCUCCGAAAACUGUAGUCAAUACCAAACCUAACGCUAAAAUCCCCAGCAAAACGCCAACCGUAUCUAAACCACCCAGUGCGAAUACGUCGCCAAAGAAGUCCAUUCCGCACAGGUCACCGACCAAAGCGGUGCAGCAAAAAACCGUGCCCAUACCUCUCAGUGGAAGCAGCAAACCUUUACCUUUAGAGAGACAGGGUACAUUCACUAAAGAGGAAAGCACUGUACCGCCGAAAGAUUUACCAGUGCCGGAGAAAAGGACUUGCGUGCCUCAAUACAAGGCUUCUUCGCCUACUAAGCCGGUUAACACGUCCCCGUCGCGUUUACCGCAACUAAACCGGUACUCCAGGCCUGCUACUGCAUCAGCCAAAGGCAACCAGAAACCUGCCACCAAAACGGUAGCAGGAAAACGGCCGUCAGAAGCCACCAUGAAGAAUUCUCCCUCCAAUCACAGCUUACAGAGCAACGACAGUGGCAAAACUGUGACUUUAGCUUCCAGGAGCUCAAGACAAGGGAGUACAUCCAGCGUGAACUCUGUGCACUCAACGAAAAACACGAAAGAUGUCGAAAGCAAAAUAGCCAACUUAUGGAAGAGGGUGGAGCAGAGCAAAAAGCAGCCGAGCAAACCCGAUAAAAGAGUGUGGAUCGAAAGCGAAAAGACGGAGACACCAAAAUUAAUAAGAAGCUCCACCUUCGAAGGACAGCCUAAGCAAGCUCAGGCCGGCGCUCCAAAACAAAAGUCUGCCAUUGGAAUUAGAGUGUCACAGAUACCCAGUUUACGACCCAAGUCGACACCUGCUAAAAUAGGCACCAAUGCCGCGAGUACGGCGAGGAAACCCGUAGGUAAAGUGUUUGCUAGGAAACCGGUCAAUGGUCAGGUCAAUUCCUAAUUGUAUUAAAUGCGGCAAUAGUUCAAUGAUCUUCAAUAAAUGAAGUGUUUAAUUAUUCUAUUAUCAUAAUUAAUGUAAUGUGUCUGUUCGACAAACAAAUCGAUGUUAUGCUUUACGAAUGACUGAGAUAGUUCUUCCUUUUAUAAGAGAUCUUGAAAGGGCGAAAAUUAUUCAAUAGUUAAUGCUGAUUUGAUCAAUACAAGAAUCAUUCAACGUUCAGGGAUUUAUUUAAAUGUGUUAACCUAUGAUUGGUAUCUCUUUAAAGUGAAAAAAUAACUGUUAGUGAUUCCUUUUUUUUUUUCUUAUGAUUUUUAUUUAUAGUUUUAUUGUAUAUUUGUUGCAUUUAUUCUUAAAGAUACUAAAAAUUAUACACUUAUUAUAAAUAACAUCUUGACUGCAAUUUUAGUUUUCGUAAGGAAAAAAAGACAUUGUCACAAAGUAUUAAACAACUGGUAUAAAUUCCUAUGUAUUCAGCUAUAUAUUUGUGAUCUGGACUCAUUUUAAAUAGGUAGACUUUUCUACAGUUAAAUCGAUUGACAUUAAAUUAAUGUAGGUAGUUAUAUGAAAUACUAAAUAAAAUACUUGCACUUACAUUAGAAUUAAAAACUGUCAAGUUCAAUAUAUUAAAAUUACACGUUCAAUAAACUAUUUAUUUUCAAAAGAGCCUAAGUUCAUAAUAAUUAAUUUGUAUGAAAUUAAAGCAAGUUCAAAUUGUAAUGCAAAACAAUGUGUUGAUGAGCAUAAUAAUCGGAUACACAUAUUUUAAUCAAUUUGUAACAAAACAGCAGAUAUAAUAAGGUCGAUAAUAAAAUUUCUAUUGCAUAAGCCCAGCCGUGACCACGUUUCAUUUUACUGUAAAUAAUUUCAGAAGAAAACAUGAGUUUUUCUCUCUAAAAUUAUUGAACGCAGUAAAGUGUUAUUUGAAAUCAUUGUAAAUAUAUAUCACACGGAAUCCCUAGUGUAUAAGGUUACCAUAACACAAUUUGUAUAUUUUUCAUAAUUAUUAUAAUAAUGUAAACGAAAAUAUCAUGUUACUCGAGUAAAAAAUGCUGGCAUGGUGUGUAUGCCCAUAAUUUUUUUACAUCUAGUCAGUUUAUGGAUAAGUGGGGAUUCAUAGUAUUUUUUGGCUAAGAAAAAGUAAUUUUUACACAGAAAUUAAUCGUAUCGGUUAUAUCAGUUCAUUGUAAUCCGUAGAUUUUAGCUGGCUUCCUAUAGUUAAUAUAAGACUCGAAAUUAUACCAGAUUUAUUUUCUGAAUUUGUGCUUCGCCAGGAAAAUUAAUGUCACCGUCACCAACCUGUGGAAGAUGUCCUGUUAUCUUAUACCUCAUAAUGAACUUAGCAAUAUACUGAGUUUGAAACGUAGAUCAUUUUGUAGUAUCUAUUCCAGUACUGUUUUAACUUGCAUCGAAUUUGAAUGAAAUCUUAGAGUUAAUUUGUUACAAAUUAUGGUAUUGCAAAAAUGUUAGAAACCUUACUAAGUUUACCCUUUAAAGACAACAGAAUAUUAUAAUUAAAUUUUCCGAGUUAAAGUUCACCAUAUUUACCUACUAAAGUUACAAGAUUAAUUGUUGAUUGUUUAGGGAUGUAAUUUAAUUAUUGUCUUACAGAAACACUGAUGUAGCUGAAUCGCCAUUUAGUUUCACUCUAAAGCCAGUUUUAGUUAAUUAAUAUAGAUACAUAGUUAUAAGCGUACAUAAUUCGAUGGUAAUAAAUGAUACUUACCUCAAAA